GGGAUGCUGUGAAGUCUGGGUGUUAGUGGAUAUUUAGUACGCAGAUGUGAGCGAAUUUAUGUCAAUUCGUAUAUAUAAGUGACAGAGUCAAUGUAGAUCUGAAAGUAGUUUGGUGAGAAAUGUCUUCAGGCAAUGAUCAGAGUUCCAGAAAAAGUGCAGAGGGUGGAUCUGAGAUGGAAGCGAGCCAGACGCAAUCUACAAGUGACAGUUCACCUCAGGCCAGGCCUGACCAGAGGGAUGGAGAUACAAACAACUCCAAUGUGUCAAUGCUGAAUGAAAAAGCUAAUACUGAGAAUUCUGAUAAAACAGAGGGAUUAAAUGUUCAAGCAGCAAAACCUGAUGCAGAAGAAAGUUUGAUAUCACUUGAGGCAGAUCAAAAUGGCACACAAGCAAGCAGUAAAGGACAACCUGAAGUCACGCCCAUGGACCAAAGUGGAUCUGGACAACCAGAGAGUAUGGACAUUGAAACUGAUGCACAGCCAGAAACUGUAGAGUUACCUCCCCCUGAUAACAAACCAAAUGCGGAGUUACCUCACCUUGAUGAGAAAGCUGCAGCUGAAACAUCACCCACAAAAGAAGGCGAAACACCUGCAGCAGAUGCAGCUUUGAGCAAUGUGGUAGAGUUGCCUCCCCUUGAUGAAUCGUCUAGCGGGGAAGCUUGCGCCUCUGCUUCCAGUGCUAAAGAUGACUUGUCAGGACAAAGUGUUUAUUAUAUUAAAUGGAUUCACUACAGACAGAACAAAGUGCCAAUUAUAACCCAAAAUGAAAAUGGACCCUGUCCUCUCUUGGCAAUAAUGAAUGUUCUCUUGUUGAAGGGCAAGGUCAAACUUGCUCCCAUGAUUGAGAUGAUCACAUCUGAACAGCUGAUGACGUAUUUAGGGGAGAGUAUCCUAGACAGCAUGCCAGAGAAUCUCUCCGAGUCUGUUCGUGCCAACUAUGAGCAGAAUAUGCAAGAUGCGAUGUCUGUGAUGUACAAACUCCAAACUGGCCUUGACGUCAAUGUUAAGUUUUCUGGUGUAUCAGACUUUGAGUACACCCCUGAGUGUAUCAUCUUCGACCUGCUUGGCAUCCCCCUGUACCACGGGUGGCUGGUGGACCCCCAGGACCCCGUGUGUACCUCCGCGGUGGGCAUGUGCAGCUACAACCAGCUGGUGGAGAAGAUCAUUGCCCAGAAGAGUUCCGAGAGGGAGGAGACAGUCACUGAAGCACUGGUGGCGGAGCAGUUCCUGGACCGUACAGCCUCCCAGCUCACCUACUACGGUCUGUGCGAGUUGAACACGUCAGUGAAGGAGGGCGAACUGUGUGUCUUCUUUAGGAACAACCACUUCAGCAACCUCUACAGAGUCAAUAAUGAACUUUUCCUGCUCGUGACGGACCAGGGCUUUCUGACCGAGAGCAGCGUGGUCUGGCAGACGCUCUCCAACGUGGAAGGGGACUGCCACUUCGUUGAUGCCAACUUCCGCACCUACACCAAGCCGGAGCCUGUAGGCAACAUCACCCCGGGUAGCGUGCCUGUUGGCAGUGAUCAGCAGAUCGACCAAGACUACCAGGUGGCGCUGUCCCUGCAGCAAGAGGCAGAGUUACGGGAAGAGCCGGAGACGGUAUGGGGGCAGUACACGCAGGAGAGCAGUGCACUGCAGAUGGCUGAUCAUGAACUUGCACGCCGUCUUCAAGAAGAAGAAGAUAGACGCGCUGCUGCCGCAGUCAAUGCAAGUCAGCAGAGAGCAGCACAGCAGCAACAACAAGGUCAAGCUCAAGCUCAAGCUCAAGGAGGUCAAGGUCAGCCUCAAGCAGCUGCAGCAGCACAUUCCUCCAACAGCCGCCAAGGCCGCGAGAGGCCACGAGAAGAGAAAAAGGAUAAAGAUUGUACAAUAUUGUGACACAACUGGCCUGGUUAUGGAGAGAGAGCGACUGUGAUAAUCUCUACCAUUUAAAUCACUGCCGCAGGCUCAUCAACUGUUAACAGCAUUGCUGAGGACUUUGAUAAAGGGAGAUAACUGUAAAACAUGUUUGCAUACAGGGAGAUAACUAACUAGUGGUUGUUGUCACUUAGUAGAAGUGGGACAUUUGCUAUCAUAUGAUGUUAUGUAUUUGCAAGAAAAUACUUGUCUACAAUACCAUUGAUAAAUGUCAGCCCAGUAACUCAUGAAUAUACUGAGGUAAUGCAUAUGAAAAACAAUUUACAGUUUUUAAACAGAACAAGUUUACAGUGUGGAUGUAAGUGUAAGUGAAAAACACCAUGGCAUUAGAUCAUUUGUCAUCACCUAGACCAGGAUUACUGUAAAGGUUAGUGUUUUCAAAAUGGCCGAUCAGAGGUCCACAGAUUGUUUACUGGUACACACAGGAGACCAUCCUCAUCAAGUACUUCAUUAAUUUAACAUGGGUAAAUGGGUAAAUUACUUGUAAAAAUUUAAUGUACUGGACCCAAAUAGCUUCCUCAAGAACUGAAUGUCGUACAGUGGGUAGUGUGACUCAUUCGUGACCAACUUGUGUUAUACCGGGACAAGCCGAAAAGUGACCCCUGACCCUCUCAUGGCCAUUUUUGCGACCAGGUUCCAUCUUAGCGCAAACGGGCAUACCUAAAA